UAACGUUUACGAUGCGUCACGUCAAAACCACCGCAAAACGCCAAACAAUUUUCGAUGCUUCGGUGGUAGUUUUUGAACGAAGCUUACGCGAAUAAACGUUUAACAUUAAAUUAAUUAAUUCCAUUUAGUUAUGGCCGACUUAUUCUCAAAAGUAAAUUGCACGUACUGUCAAGAAGAAAUUAAUGGCGUUAGAGUGCAGUGUUGCGACUGCGUAGAUUUUGACAUUUGUUUGCAGUGCUUUUCCAGUGGAGCUGAAAUAGGAUCUCAUAAAAAUGAUCAUUCAUAUAGGUUUAUGGACCAUUGUGCUGUUAGUGUAUUCGGAGGACGUGGUAAUUGGACUGGAAGGGAGCAACUUCUUUUAUUAGAUGCAGUAGAAUCUUAUGGAUUUGGUAAUUGGGAACUUAUAAGUAAACAUGUUAAAACUAGAACGGCAGAUGAGGUAAAAGAAGAAUACAUACAACGAUAUUUAGAAGGAAAUAUUGGUAAAGCUACCUUGAUAGAUAUUGGAAAUUCUAGACCUAUUCUGCAAGAACAUAUUGGAGAAGAUAAAGGUCCAUUAUCGCCUGAUGUUACAUCACGGCUACCACCCUUGGAUGUAACACCAGAGGAAGCGCGACAACUUGGUUACAUGUCUCAUCGAGACGAUUAUGAAAGAGAAUAUGACAUGGCCGCCGAACAGUUAGUCUCAUCGCUUCAUCUUAACUCAGCGGAAGAAGGUGGUAUGGAAACGGCAUUAAAAUUAGCUCAAGUGGGAAUGUAUAUUCGACGGUUACGAGAAAGAUAUCGUCGAAAACGAGUGGUUCGAGAUUACCAAUUAGUAGCAAAAUUUUUUGCUAAUCAACGUAAAGACAUUAAUAAAAAACCACUAACAAAAGAACAGAAAGAUUUAAGAGAUAAUAUGCGUGUAUUUAGUCAGUUUUUAACCUCUGGGGAACACGAUAGGUUGAUUGCAAGUGUUGAACGGGAACGAGAGUUACGACAUCGACUUUCCGAAUUGAUGCGGUAUAGAAGUGUUGGGUUAACCACUCAAGAUGAGAUUAUCCAUUAUGAGCAACAUGCUGAGUAUCAAAGACAACAGAAAUUAAGGCAGAAAGCGGGCGGAAGUGGCUUGGUAACAUCGAUACCGGAGCAAUUGAAAAACGGAAAAGACCCAAGUCAAAGUUUAAUCGACGAAAAGUGGCUACAAAACGUCGAAUCCGACAACAGCACAUUUUGCCCCAUCAACAACUCUGAUAGUGUCGUACCACCUCCACCGUCUACAUUACCCCAUGGGUCUUUGCUAUCUCAACACGAAGCCGAGCUUUGUUCUUCGUUAAAUAUCCAACCUGUACAAUAUAUUACAAUGAAAUCUCUUAUUAUCCAGGAUAAUUUGACUACUGGUAAAACGAAGAUUCCUGAUGAUCUCAACACUACAGAAGAAGCAGAAAUAAGAGACGUAGUUACUCAGUAUCUUAAUAUAAGUGGAUGGCUCUCUGUGGUUUAAACUUUCUCAUGCAAAAAAGAAUAAACACGUUCAGCGCCAGAAAAAAUCUCUUAUUCUACAUUAAGUCUCAGUCCAUAGAUGCGGAAUUGCAUCUUUGGCAAUGAAUGUGUUAUUGACAUUGUAAAUAAAUAUUAAUGAAUGUAAAAAAGCUCUUGUGAGUUUACCAACAAUAAAUGUUUAUCUGUUAAUGUUA